GGUCGCUAAGCAACGCAGCCCUUCCGCAGCAUCCGCUCGCGAGCGUACAGUGCCGCAUCGCUCGCGAGUCCGCGGCCAAGGGUUUGUUUUAUCCGCGGUUCGGGUUAUUUGGCGGCGCGGCGGAGCGACGAGAAUAGGGAAGAAGAAGAGGAGGAUGAUGAUGAAGAUGAGGAUAACUGAAGAACAGAGAGGAUGAUGAUGAAGAUGAGGAUGACUGAAGAACAGAAGCGCGCGAGUUGUAACUCGGAGCGUGAGUAACGGGAGUGCGCGCUCACGUUCGGCGAUGACGUAGGGGGAUGUUGUGGGGGGCGCAGGCGCUCACCGCGGAUGCCUGCACGUUAACGGGACGGUACGGGACGGGACGGCAGUGCGCGUGACUGCGGGGAGGAGAGGAUAGAGGGAAAGGCGGUUAGCUGUUUAUUUUUUAAAAAUUAAUUUGAAAUUUAAACGUUUCACUAUUUAAAUUCAGAAUAUAACGGUCGUUUUAACGGUUGGCCGAGUGUAACGGCUCAUUUUAAACGGUGUUGCUUAUUUUCUCACGUUAUGUGUGUGUGUGCGUGAGUGUAUGUUUGUGUGUGUGAGAGAGAGUUUAAGUAUUUGCGACUUCAUGAGGACUCCACAAGCCACUGGAAAGGACCUAACCUAGCUAUUUGUAGCACCUGAAGGAGGACCGUUGGUUCGUCAAGCUGGACCCGGGAGUGAAGCGGAGCCGCCGGGCUCGAGUAUCCGAGAGGCCCGGAGGCGGUUGGGGGUGGGGUGCGGUAGGGUGGGGGGCGCUGCAUCUCCGGCCACUGCAGUGGCUCUGGGAUGGGGAGGGAAGGAGGGAGGCCAGUACAUCGCUGUGGGGCGACGGAAUACACCUAACCUAGGUUAGCUAACUGAGCUAGCUUUCCUCUGAGAGGAAAAAAAAUGGAGAAAUGGUGUUUUUACGCUCCCAGCUGUUAGUUCGUUAGUUAGCAUUAGCUAUUAGCACCCUCAUUCCCUUGCCUUCACCUUAAAACAGCAUCCUAUAGCUAGCUAAAUAACAGCUUCAACAUUAGCUCGGUUAGCUAUAGUUAACUAGUUAGCUAACAGCUAAUUCCUCAGUCGACCCCCAUUUAGCUUAACUAGCUAUAACAGAAAGUUAGCCAAAGUUCCUCCCAACCAAACCAAACCACAACCCACCCCCCCACCCCCCCAUCACCCAUCCAGCAUGCCCUCCCCAUCAGACUCCAGCAGCGUGGUGUCGGUCUCCGGGUCGCGGGGUUUCUCCGGGAGUCGCCGCGUGCUCUCCGGGAGGUCGAGCGCGCGCGUGCUGCUGUACCUGGGCCUCUGUCACCUGGCGCUCGGAGGCAUGGUCCUCGCCUUCAGCUUCACGAGCCUGGCGUUCACCUCCUCGCCCCGCGUCAGGCAGUCCUUCCCAUUCUGGGCCGGGUUGUUCGUGCUGGCCUCAGGAAUAGUAGGAGUGAUCUCUUGGAGAAGACCCUUCACACUGGUGGUAUCGCUGUUCAUGCUGCUGUCUGCGGUGUGUGUGAUUCUCAGUCUGGCUGGCUCCAUGCUGUCCUGUCAGAACGCCCAGAUGGUCAAAUCUUACCUCAACUGCCGGUUGGAGAACGGUCUGUGUUUAUGUUGUGGCCAGCAGCAGACGUGCUCUUUAUCAGAGGAUGAGACGUUAGUUCUGUACCUUCAUGCAGACUGCGAUAAAGUACGGCAUCAGCUAAAGGAUCUGCUGUUUAGUGCCUGUGGGCUCAGCAUCCUCUCCACCAUCAUCUGCACUCUGUCAACUGUUACCUGCAGCAUCCAUAUCUUCUCCCUGGACCUGCUGCAUAUGCUGGCUCCUCACCGCACACGCUCAGUCAACCCAGAAUGCACCACUCCUCAGGACGCCUUUCUCACAAACAUUAUGGACUUCGAAGAGUUUGUUCCUCCCAUCCCCCCACCUCCCUACUAUCCCCCAGAAUACACCUGCAGCUCUGAGACUGAUGCUCAGAGUAUCACAUAUAAUGGAUCGAUGGAGAGUCCAGUUCCGCUGUACCCUACAGAUUGCCCUCCUCCAUAUGAGGCAGUAAUGGGGCAAAGGGCACCCAGCCAGGCCACAGUGUUCGACUCUCACGCUGGUGAGCUGUCCGCUGAGAGAGGAACCUCAACAGCUUUCAGUGGUGAAGUGUCGAUGGAUAGUGGCUCUCUGUUGAUGUCUGAGAUUGUGGAUAUUCCAGAUGACAGUUCGCCCUCGGAGGAGUCCUGCCUGCUGGAGGUGAGGGUAGGGGUGCGUUCUCGGACGCGAGGGGCCAGCGAGGGAGGGGAGGGGGGAGAGUAUGUCAGCUUCCGCUACCCCACCCCGCAUCCAGAAGGGACAGCCAUUCCCCCUCCGACCCACCGCUGUUUCAGAGGAGAGAGAUCCAACUCCUGCUCUUCUCCCAGCACCUACAAUACCUCCACCUACAGAUCUCCAGUUAUGAGACGGCAGGCUCUGUUGGCCAGUAGUUGUUCACAGUUAGAGAUGGUGACCGGUGCUGCCUCCCAGCGCUGCUCUGUUCCUGAAGUCAGAGUGUGUCCCUGCCCCCCAUGCAGAAAAGGUUCCUCAUCUGAAGCCACCAGUCCACGCAAUUCUGCCUCCUCAGCUGCUCCUCAGGAUCAGCAGAGCAGCACAGCUCCGGUGUUCCACUCGGGAACGUGUUUUCAUCAGCGGGUUGGGCGGGACAGAAGGGACAGUGACUCUGUCCUCCUUCUCGCGAGGUCUCACAGUGAACCAGGACUGUCCUCCACUGACACAGGCGAUUUCAGCGGCUCAGUAGGCAGCAAAGGAGUGGGUGAGGGUGGCUCCUAUACCUCAUCUGACACAGGUCGAUCAGAGGCUUGCUUGCUGCAGCGAUCCCCUCUAGCUACCCACGGUUCUUUACCCAGAAAGGGCAGCCUGAAAGCUGCCACAGAACAACUGCCCUCCAAACAGCCCCCAGGCAGUCCUCUGCGCGUCCCCAAGGACUGCACUCGUUCUUUGGGAGAUCUUAAGGUGACCAGAGUGCUGGUGCAGCGUUUUCUGCAGAGAUCGAAACGAAACUUAGCCCCUGCUCCAGAGCAUGUGGUGAACUGUAGUCAAGUACCUAAACGGAGAGCUGGAGUAGAGGGAAGCCUUCCGCUUGAUCAGGUACUACGUACUUCUUGGGGUUCCAGCAGGGGGCAGCAGUAUCAACAGCCCGCCCCCCACCACCACCGGCGUGUCCACUACCACUCCCAUAGCGAAAGUCGCCACAACAGCCGCCGCCGAGAUUACGGGCCCGUCAGGGGGGAGGGCAUCCACCUGCGCAGCUGUGGAGACCUGAGCUCAACCUCUGCUAUAUCACUGCGCAGGCUUCACCCAGCUCCACACGGAUCAUCCGGAGCUCUCCAUUCAGAGUCCGCCCUCUGAGAAGGGGAGGGGCUUGUUUUAAACACAGUGGAGAGAAAAGAGAGAGAGGUUGUUGACCUCAAGGAAGACCUUGAGAAGAUGCCACUAUAUGAUCCAUUCUGACCUCAGCCAUCUCCGCUAACAGUGCACAGAGAGAGACUGAGCACCACAGGGUCAUUUCACUUAAACAUUUAAAAAAAUAAUUCACUACCAGACUUCUCAGAAGAGAAGAAAAGGUAAGAAAAGUUCCUACUGGAUGUUCUCGAGGUCCAGAAGGACUCUGAGCACCUCACUGGACUGUGCUUUGGGUAAAGCACUGGACCUGUCUCUCAGCCUUACUCAAACUCUUUCUCUCUAUCUGUCUGUCUGUCUGUCUGACUGACUAUCUGAUCAUCCAUCCAGACAGUCCUUAACCCUGUACAUGUGCACACACACUCACUCAGUUUCUGGUAAACUGGAGACAGAGAGUACGAGGACACCUCUCAGACAGUGCUUCCGCUCAAACACAAAGCCUUUCAUGGUAAAUUUCAUACACACAUGUUGACAUUUAUUAUAGUUGACAGGAUUGGACCAUUUUUACUGGUUUGGAUCUGGAGAUUUCCAGUUAAAAGAGUGUGAAUAUUAUUAAAGGGUCAUGCCUAGGCCUGUCACGAUAAUUAUUUUUUAUUGUACUAUACACUGUCUCAGAAAUCAAUGCAAUAUAUUAUAUUAAUAUUGUUGUAAUUUUAAGUACAUUUAAUGGCACUAAUAAAAUGAUAAUGUCCUAAUAUUGCAAUUACAACUACACACAUUGUAAUUGGAAUUAUUCUCAAUAAUCUCAUGGAAUAUUUCAAGUAAAUAAAAUAUAAAUAAAAUAAAAACAAAAAAAUCGAUACAUACUGGCAUUCACAUUAAUAGGGGUGACAUGAUGCAUCGCAGGAACAGAAGAUUCCACAUGGAAUGAAAAUCUCGUGCAGUUGUAGUUGCAUUGUUGAAACACCAGAGGAACCAGAGAAUUCCUCUAGUGCAGACCGGAGAGCCAGUGGGCGUAAGCAAAGGCCGGAGGAUAUGUCAGUCAUUGUAGGCUGAAGCCAAUCACACAACUUGAUAAACUCACUGCAAGUUUAACAUUAGCCACAUCAGACACCCAGCAAAUGUUAAUAAAGUGGAGUGAAAUAAGAUAUUUUAAUUUAAAAUGAUAUGAAAUGAAUUAAACUAAAUAAAAAAGUCAUCAUAAAAUGGAAAUACUUCAUUAACAAUUCAUGAAAAAUUUAAAUUUACUUCCCUGUUCACCACUAUUCAGAUUAGACGUCCUAUAUACAUUGAUACUUUCUCUCUAUAUCACUUUAAAAAAAUGUGAUUAAAAAAAUUAAAACAGCAGUUUGAGGAGUUUGUUUAAAACAGUAUGUAUAAUACUUUAUAAUAAAUAAUAGUACUUAUUCAAAUAUUUAUACAUGGAGCAAUUAUAUAAUAUGCAUUUGUCAUUGUAUAUAUAGUACAGAAAUAAUUAUAUAUUUAUUUUUCUAGUUUUUUUUCCCAUUUUCUCCCCAAUUUACACAGCCAGUUACCCAAGUCAGACUGAAGUCAGUCAGUUUUCUAACUGCUGCUGAUGCAGCAUUGCUGAGUAGCAUCACAGAGCGCUAACGCUCGGAGGAAAGCGCAGCGACUCGGUUAUGAUACAUAUGGUUCAGCUCACAGAUGCCUUGUGCUGAUCCACAUCACCCUAGGAGUGAUGAGGGGAAAGAGCACCAUCUACUGUACCCACCCAGAGAGAGCAUGACCAACUGUGCUCUCUCUCAGGGCUCUGGUAGCCAAUGACAAGCUGAAUGAACAGGAUUCGAACAGGCGAUCUUCUGAUCAAGGUGGCAGUGCUUAGAAAAAAAGUAUUUUUAAAGUAUGUGUUUAUUAUGUGUUCCAAAUAUCCAGGAAUAAAAAUUGAAUUGUAAAUCCAAAAUCGUGAAUCAAAUCGAAUCAUGAGCAGAGUGCAUCGUUACACCCCUAGACAUUAAUCAUUUAUCAUUAAUGUGCUCUUCUAAACACAAAAUUUAUUGAGGUCAUGUCCAUUUAUUAUACCAGUCGAUAAUUAUAGUGUAAUUAUCGUGACAGGCCUAGCCAUCCCACCAUAACACACGGCUUCUCCACCCCCAACUGGGCUUCAGCGUACACUGUCCUACAGACUAAGUGACAUUACCGUUGAUUUGCAUUACACAGCACUUUUUGGGUUCUUAGGCACUUUAUCUUCAAUCUACAAGCAGCCAGAAUGUAGACCACAGUUGUUUUUCCUCAAAGCCACUAAACACCUCAUCAUAAAGAUAACUUACAGAGGUUGGAGAAUGAAACUGAAACACCUGGUUUUAGACCACAAUAAUGUAUUGUGGUGACGGACAGUUCUGGGGGGAACAGGAGAGUUGAGGUGCACAUUGAAUUCUGCGUGAUUUGAUCAGCCGUGGUUUUAUGUUUUUUUUUUUGAUACAAUCCGGGUUAGCACCCGAACAUCCCUUUCAGACAGCUUCCUCUUACAGCGUCCACAGUUAAUCCUGUUGGAUGUGGUUGGUCCUUCUUGGUGGUAUCUCGCUGACAUUACCCUGGAUACCGUGGCUCUUGAUGUAUCACAAAGACUUGUUGUCUUGGUCACAGAUGCUCCAGCAAGACGUGCACCAACAAUUUGUCCUCUUUUGAACUCUGGUAUGUCACUCAUAAUGUUGUGUGCAUUGAAGUAUUUAGAGCAGAACUGUGCUCUUACCCUGCUAAUUGAACCAACCUUCACACUCUACUCUUACUGGUGCAAUGUGUAAUUAAUGGCCAAAAAUAUUGGCCACCAGGCUGCUCUAAUUUAGCCAUGAAACCUAAAAUAUCACACUAAAAUGAUGACAGGUGUUUCAGUUUCAUUGUUCAACCCUUGUAUCUUCAACCACAUGCACAAGCCCUUAUUUACGUCUGCCAUUCUGCACCUCAAUCCAGGUGAACUGCAAUAGCUUUAUUUGUUCAAGUGCAUGUUUCUUUCUACAACCUCUUCUACGGUUGGAUUAGCGUUCAUUUGCAUCUUGCAAUCACAUUUGUGUUCAAUAUUGAGCUCAUUCUUGGGCCGUGCACCGAUUUUUAGCCCAAAAUAUGCCUCUGCAUGCGUGGAAAAAAGGCUUGUGUCCUUUCUUUGUCUUUUGUGUGCGCACAUGCUGCACCAAUUUGUGGCCCCCGCGCCUCAGCAUGAAAUGUGUUUUGAAGUGUGUUUGAAAGAAAUUAAUACGUGAAGAAAAAGCUCUGGCAAUAAAAACACUCACACUCAAUGCAUUCUUAAGCUAUGAGAAGAUCUACGGUUGAUUUUAUCCUAAUAUUUAGCUGCGUUUCGUGGCUUAGGCUGCAGACGAGGUAGGGUGGGUCAUUGGUGGGACUUUCCUUGAAAGACUUUUCUUUGUAGUUUUUCUCAUCUACUGAAACAGCGGUGCAAAACUUUUGAGGGAACCUUUGGGAGAAAAUACAGCCUGUUGCAUUGUGCAUCUUGCUUGUUUUUCUCUCUUUUUGUAGUGCUGUUUUUGCCCUGUUGAUUAUGUGCAGAAAACUGUGGAUAAGAAGACAAGAGCCUGGAACCUACAGACCCAAGACAUUUCUCCAAAUAUAAGCUGUAUACGGCUGCACAAUAUAUAAUUGCAGCUAGGGGUAGACAGUAUCCACUUUUUUCAUACUGUUUUGAACCAUAAACCAUUACCACGGUAUAGGGCAGGGGUGUCCAAACUUUUUUGUUGGGGGCCAGAAGGAGAAAUAUAUUUGAAGUCACGGGCCACAGACUCUGUAAUAAAACAAAUAAUGAAAUAUACCACUUUAAAUAAUACUUUUUUCCUGAUUAUUUCAUCUACACACCAUCUUUGACAGUGUCGUGUAAACUAAGAUUUUUCAAAUUGAUGUUUCAUUUCAUGAUGUCUCUUAAUAAUUAACUCCUUAAUUACGGCAACUUUUAGACUCUUUGGCCCGAUUUUCUGCGCUAGAAAUGCGCACCCUCUCCGCUUUUCGACUCAUUGGCCCGUUUUUCUGCCCUAGAAAUGCGCACUCUCUCCGCUUUUAGAAUCUUUGGCCUGUUUUUCUGCACUAGAAAUGCGCACUCUCUCCGCUUUUAGACUCUUUGCCCCGUUUUUCUUCGCUAGAAAUGCGCACUCUCUCCGCUUUUAGACUCUUUGGUCUAAUUUUCUGCGCUAGAAAUGUGCACCCGCUCCGCUUUUAGACUCUUUUGCCCGUUUUUCUGCGCUAGAAAUGCGCACUCUCUCCGCUUUUAGACUCUUUGGCCCGUUUCUGACACCUAGCGUUCAAACUUUGAAUUUCAAUUAUAAAAACUUGCUUAACAGUGGGCAAACUUUCAUUCUAUUUCUAAAAUACCUCGCGGGUCGCUCCAAAAAAGGAAACGGGCCGCAAAUGACCCGCGGGCCGUAGUUUGGACACCCCUGGUAUAGGGUAUUACCAGUCAUGCUUUUCUUAUUUUCCAUGCCCACCAUAUACAAUUUUAUCUGCCCAAAAUUCAAUACACAGAGGGCAUUUUUAAAUUGCUGUAUUUUUUUAAUAUCACUGUAUUUGUCCUUUUUUUCCUAAUUUUAUCCAGCGUUAAGGCUCCAUUUCCCAGCUGUUGCUUUGGAACAACCCUUUAUGACAAAGCACCCCCCUCCUCUACUGCAGCCUAGGCUUUAGAUCGCAGCUUGUAUCUUCCAUAUGUGUAGCAUCUUGUCAGGUUAAGAAGACAGAUAAAAAGUUCCAAACGUUUUGUUGUAGAACCUAAAAGCAAAUGGUUCUGGAAAGGUUUUAAAGUGAUUGUUUGAGACAAGACAGUUGCUGGAGAUUAGCUAGCUAGUUUAAUAUCCUAAAGAUACACUCUUAAAAACAGUUCUAGGGUUCUUUUUUUGCUAUCGAACCAAAGCCAAGUCACAAGAACCAGUUUAAUAUGGUUAAAUGAUACUUCAAAUACUGAAAUAUUGGAAAAUUGAAGGUUCUUUAUAGAACAUUUUAAUAAUACACUGCCUGGUCAAAAAAAGUCACAAGAUUUAUUUCAAUCCAGUGUUGCAUUAAUUUUUCUCCAAGCUCUUGCAGCAGCAUUGAUGAUGGUAGAGUCUGACCACUGCACAAAGCAGCUCUUCUCCAUCCAGCACAUCCCAAAGAUUCUCAAUGAGGUUAAGAUCUGGACUCUGUGGUGAACUCUCUCUCAAUCCAUGUGGGAAAAUGAUAAAUAAUGAUCUCAUGCUUCCUGAACCCUGAACUCUUUCACAAUUCCAGCCCCAUGAAUCCUGACAUUGUUAUCUUGGAAUAUGGCUGUGCCAUCAGGGAAGAAAAAAUAAAUCCGUUGAUCCAGGAAUAAGCUGGUCUAUAUUCAGUAUAUUCAGGUAGAGUCAGCUGACCUCAUUCUUUCAGCACAUACUGUUGCUGAACCUAAACCUGCAGACCAACUGCAGCAUCAACCAACCAACCCCACAUCAUUUACUUAUUUAAAUCCAGGUGGAGAUUUUUUUUUGGCCAGGCAGUGUGGUUACAGUAUGUAUGUCUACAAACAUUUUUCCACAAAUCAGUGAAAAAAAAAAGUUUUUAUUAUAUAUGUAGAAACCCAAUUUAGUUUAUUGGACUUCAACUACACUCUUAAAAAGGGGUUCUUACAGGGUUCUUUACUGUAAAACUACGGCGAAUCAGAGAACCAGUUGAGUGAAUAAUUGUUUUAUUAUUUUUUUGGCUGGGUAAAUUGUUCUUAAAUAUAUAUUAAUAUAUAUAACCUUUAAAGAAACUCUUUUAAUUUCCUUUUCUAAUUUCUCACUUUUCAGUUUAAAAAGGAGAUCUCUACAUUUUCUAUAUACAUUUUGAGUGCUUAAUUGGGACAGUUUCAAAUGGAAGUAAUAAGUGAUAGAUAAGAACUAGUUUUUAAUAGAUCACUAGACCUGGUGGAGCUAGUAAGGAAUCACAAGUUUACUGUAAAGUCUGUAAACUUAAUAUUGGCAUCUUAAAAUAUCUGAAAUUAUAUUUUCCAUUACCUUUAGAUACCCUGCUUUGACCCUGUACCUAAAAUCACUUCCCAAAUCGGGAAUCAAUUUGAAAGAAAUUCUGUUUCGGUUAUUUAACAGUAUAGCACAAAAAGUGUUGCACAGUUGUUGAAUAGCCCUGUUGAGUACUAUACAGAACCCCUUUUCUUAGAGUGUAGUGUUCAGGAAACCAAGCUAAAGGGUUAACCGCAGUAGGUACGUAUAUUUCCUUUUGAUACCAAUAAAGCGUUUUAAUUUGAUGUAAAUAUUUUGGACUUUCAAUUCACUGACACACUUAUAUUAAAAUAAGAGAGUUAAAAUGUGAAAUAUCGAGCACUGAAACCACUUGAAAAGAAGCUUCAAGACUUACCUCCUGCAUUGCACUCUCACAGCAGCGGAAUGGAAGGACGUUCAUGGAUCUUGUAAUAUAUUGUUGAUCUGGGAAUAUAAAAAAAAAUACAAUUCAAAAGCAAUUCAAACUCAAUAAACUUUUAAUGCAAGCCUGUAAUAAAAACAUGCUGAAUAUUU